CAAUCUUCAGUUUAGCACUAUUUUUCAAACAUGCCAAAAGCUACUUUGUACUUCAGCAUUUUAGCAAGUUAAUUUGGGGCCAGUGUUAGCUUUUGUGCUAGCUUGUCUCAUUGGUUGACAACUUUCAAUAUUUCAAAAUGUUAUGCCAGUUUAAAACUUUCCACGUGAAGCAGCUCUUUCAGACCUUUAGCUGUAGAAGCACAGGUUGUUGAACUUGUUCCCUAUGAACUCUUCAGUCUUUGGAAAAGGUUUACAGCAAAUGUAGAUAAGUGUAUCUUAAGGCAGUGCAGUUUAGAGGUAGGUUGAAUUUCACCUGCUAGUUGCAGGUGGUAAAAUGAAAGCAUGAUAUAAGCUAAAAUGUACAUCCUAAACAACUUUAAUACUUGCUCAAUGGGAAGGCUCUUACUGGAAAUAACAGGAAGUAUUUACGUAGCAGCCAUGAGGGCUGUUUUAAGUUUUCUAAAAGUUGAAGAAAUGUGGCUCAGUGCCUCAUCUCAUUUAGCAAAGGAUACACUGGACCAUUGUAUAUGAAAGAAUCAGACAGCUGCAUGUGAGUAAAAAUGUUAAUGACUAGAAGUUAGACUACAGGUCUGUACUGUCCUCACUUGUUGCAUUCUUAUAAAUGUUUCAUUUCACUUUUGUGACAGGUCAAUAUUUGAUUUAAAUUCUAAGGAGGGGUAUCGCUCAGUUGUAGAGUUGACUGCAGAUCAAGAGGUCUUUGAAAUCGGAUGCUCCCUGAAGGAAACUCCUUGGAGCUCAGUCUGCAGGGACUUAGUUUGGGAACUUGAGCGUGGCUGAUGCCAAAUCAAAUAUGCGGAUUAUCAGACCUCUGUUGGGUUGGGUGCUGAACUUGCCACAUGAAAUAAAUAUCAAAAUUGUACUUGAAUACGUUGCUUGAGUACACGUAUUCUUCCCCAUUGUCUGCUCGCAUAAACUGGUUUAAACCUGCUGGUGCAGUUUUAUUGCUGUUUGACAGAGCUGUUUUACUUUUUUUAGUGAACAGUCUACAGAGACAGUUAAGAAGUUUUGCAGCCAUGUAAUAUAAAGAUUUUAAAGGAGUCCUCUAGAAAAUUUGUGACCUGGGCCUUUUGUUUUGGGGCAUAAAGCAGUUAUUCAUGCAUGGUUGCCUCUGUUCACAGUCUUUCUCCUCCUCUUCAUAGCGAGCAGGAAUCAGGACAAGCAGGAAACCUGAUCCACAAACUAGCAGAGUCCCCUCCCUGUUGCCUUUCCUUCACACACCUGCAGCACAGAAUCAUUCAGCAAAACAAAACCAGCAGCGUUUACAGUCGAGUGAAAGCUUGUGGUAAAAAUGAUCUUCAGCUCGAAUCAAGGUGGAUUUUGUUGCCGUCUUUGACUUUGUGGCCUUUGGAUUUGCUUCUUUGGCAAAAUGAGGACUCAGCUUGUUGGUGUGUGUUUGGCAAUCAUCGGUUUUCUUGGCACCAUCCUUAUCUGCGGUCUGCCCAUGUGGAAAGUGACAGCCUUCAUUGGGGCAAACAUCGUCACAGCUCAGGUCUUCUGGGAAGGUUUAUGGAUGAAUUGUGUGAUCCAGAGCACGGGUCAUUCACAGUGUAAGGCCUACGACUCCAUUCUGGCUUUACCCCAAGAACUGCAGGCGUCCAGGGCUCUGAUCUGUGUCUCCAUCGCUGUCAGCGUGGUGGCCAUUGGGUUGACUGUGGUCGGAGCCCGCUGUACCAACUUCUACCGCGACGACUCGCUGGCCAAAUCUAAUAUUGGCUUGUCUGGAGGUGUGGUGUUUAUUAUAGCGGGGCUCCUGUGUAUUAUUCCUGUCAGCUGGUCGGCUCACAGCAUCAUCACAGGUUUCUACAAUCCCGUGGCAACCGAGGGGAGGAGGGGAGAGCUCGGGGCUUCCAUAUACGUGGGCUGGGCAUCUGGAGCUCUGCUCGUCAUUGGAGGAGGAGUUUUAUGCAGCACCUACAGAUGCUGAGGAGAAGAGAGACAUGAUGGCAUCCAUUACACUACAUCCUGUAGUUGAAACUGUACAAUAAUGUGUGAACUGUGAUGGACUUAUUGAGAUCUUUUGAAUUGUUCAGCAUUAGUUAAUUGCACUUUUCUGAUUUACAAAACAUGAGUUCUAAAUCUGUGUGAAAUAUUAACGUGCAGCAUUCUGAAGGAAGUGGACAAUAAACUGCAUGUGUUUAUGGUCGUUUUCAAAGUGAAGGAUUAAAAACUGAAGUUAAGCUAUAAUAUAAUGUGAUAUUAAAACCAAUAAAGACCACUGGUUUCAUGAUUAACAGUCAUUUUGUAACUGCCAGUGUGGUGAAUGAAUGUUUUUUACUUACAGGAGCCUGAAACAGAAUAAGGCAAAUAAAUCAACAAAAUAAAUACAAUUUAUUAAGUGUAUUUUUUGUAUAUUUGUCAAUUAAUACUUUUUUUUUUAUUACACAAGAGUUGUGAAAGAAGUUAAAUUGUAUUAGAAAGAACUAGAAUGUCUCAGUUCACUUGUCAAUAUUUUCCAUCUGUUUGAGUAUUGAGUAAUAGUUUAUAUUGUUAUAUUGUUUGCUAAGUCAUACACUUGUUGGACCUGUUUGGCAGGUGAAGGAAACUAUCAAUGUUUGUAUCUUUGUAUCUUCAUAAGCCAAUAAAUUCUCCUUGAAUAUUU